CUUUCCCAAACAUAAAACAUUAGAGCUAAAAAGAACUUUUCGUCGACCAAUAAGAAUCAAGCACUCAACCAUCACGAUCCGUGUCUUCCCUCUAUAAUCUAAUCCCAACCGUCCUUCUCCUCUCAGAAAACACAACUUGUGGCAGUUUUUACCGUCAGAUUUCAUACAAAAGAAACACACGGAUAGUAAAUACUAACCGUUAGAUCAACUUCAUUAACAACCCCCGCAACCUUCUACAAAUAGCUCUCAAUUGCAUCACUUUUCGAACGUUUGAUCCAGAAGAUAACAAAGCGUUUGUCUUAGAUCUCAGAAGAUGGCCCGUACCAAGCAAACUGCGCGUAAGUCGACUGGUGGGAAGGCUCCAAGGAAGCAACUUGCUACCAAGGCUGCCCGUAAAUCUGCCCCAACCACCGGUGGUGUGAAGAAGCCUCAUCGCUACCGUCCUGGAACUGUUGCUCUUCGUGAAAUUCGAAAGUACCAGAAGAGUACUGAGCUUCUUAUCAGGAAAUUGCCUUUCCAGAGGCUUGUUCGUGAAAUUGCCCAGGACUUCAAGACUGAUUUGCGUUUCCAGAGCCAUGCCGUUCUUGCUCUUCAGGAAGCUGCAGAAGCAUACCUUGUGGGUCUCUUUGAAGACACCAACCUGUGUGCGAUCCACGCCAAGCGUGUUACUAUAAUGCCCAAGGACAUCCAGUUGGCUCGUAGGAUCAGGGGCGAGCGUGCUUAAUUUCCAAGUGUGUUGAUCACUUACUUAGAAUGGAGAAACUAUUGUUUGUUGUUAAGCAGAUGUAUUGUACUAUUUUUUUUUAUGUUUAAUUUUAUUCCUCUUUUAGGCCAAUAUUAAAAGAUAGGUUUAUCUUAGUGCUGAGGUUCAAUGUUAUGAUGAAAUGGGGUUAUGGUGGAGAGUGUGAUGUCUGAUAUUUUAAUGGUUAAGAACUCAUGUCUGGUAUAGUUUGUUUAAAUGUGCUUCCUGAUCAAAA